CAGGAAGGCAAGACUUGCCGCCUCUGGGUCAAGAGGCGUUCCUCUGGGGCAAAAAAAGACCCUCUCACGGGACACAGCGCGUUCUGACGGUACAUGAUGGGCGACAGGCGAUUGAUGAUGAGUGGGUACGGGCGCCCCAAGAUGUUGGGUCAAUGGCCUGGAAUCGACAGGUUGCUCAGAAAUGAAGGCACUCUUCUCCUAAGGGAACGAGGUUCGGGGUUGGGGCCCGGAAGUAGGUAGUGCGGUCGAUCCAUCCCGACAGCAAAUUGUCUCUUGUGUGUCAGUCCGUGUACUGUAAUGCAUACAGUUACAGGAAAAUGCAGAAGCAUGCAUUGGCCCUAUUCACGAUAGCGGGAAUGCAUCCGGCGAUGACUGGCAGAAAAAUGAUAGCAGCGGAGGUGGUUGAUAACCGCAGAGUGGGGGUGUUGGGCUCCGCAAUAGGCGCGGACGAGAGCAAAAUCCUGGAGGCUGGGUAGAGAGGAUGGAUCCCGUUAGUGCAGAAGGCGAUUGAACGAAGGCUGCAAGGAUGUUCCGGAACGGCCAGCCCAGACACUAAGCCGUCUGACUGGAUACUUCCAGUCCACUCACAGUAUUGCUCAUCCUGCCUAGCAUCGGAGCAGAUUGAG